UUUUUGACCUUUUUUCCCUUUCAGUUUAUGCUUUCCUUCAAGCCAUUCAUAGAAAACCGCUGCUCCCAUCUGGGUUUAUCCUCUUUCUGGAAUUUUCUUAUCUGAUUUUGUGAAAUGGGUUGUCUUUGUUAUGCGGAAAAUUUAUUCAAGAUAGGAGAAUUUUGGUAGAGAAAUUUUAGUUCAUUUUUGUCAACAAGGGCUUUUAGCUAUGGGUAGAGGCAGAGGAAAAGGGAAGAAGCGAUCUGUUAUGGCUGAGGAUCCUAGAAGUGAAGAGGAUAAAGUCCCAGCUUACAGAAGAAGAGGAAGACCUCUGAAGCCACUGAGUGAUGAAAUUGAAGAAGUGGAAGUAACUGAAAUUAUAGAGAAAGAUGAAGAGAAUGUCAAGGGUAAUGGCUCUACCAAUGAGUUGAAAACUCAACCUAUCACAAUAAAUAAAAGGAAAAGGAAGAGAUCUACACAGGUUACAGAAAAGAUAGAUCCCAUGAAAGACGACAAUGGCAUCCUAGCAAAGUCAGGCCCUGAUGAUUCAAUAAAGUCUACCGGAUUCCGGCAGAAUGGGAGUCGGUGUAAGAACAAGCCUCACUGUGCUGCGGAGGCCGAGGUAGAUUGCAAGUGCGCAGCAAGGUUGUCAUGAAAGCUUAGCUUCAUAAUCUGGUUUGGCUAUUGGGAUUCUUGGUGGUUGAUGUGUGGAUAUGGACCACCGGUGUUAAGAGAGAAUGGAGGAAUCAGAUGAAACAAAUUUGGG